AUGCUCGGGGAUGCACUGUUCGAAAAGCUGGCAUCCGUAGCCGGUGCACCCAUUAGUCAAAUCAAGCUCAUCAGUAUACUACUAGUAUCCUUCCCCAUUGCCUCUCUUUACGGAAGGCUUCCCGCGAAACGUUACAAUGUGGCCCACCUGUAUUCGUUGAUCGUAUCCCUCAUCUACCUCGUGCCAAUCCUCGGCUUAGGAAGAGGAACGUUGCACCUAUUGUUCAGCUGUAUCGGCACGUACCUAAUCGUAGUCAUCCUGAGAGGACCCCUCAUGCCCUGGACAGCGUUUAUCUUCUGCAUGGGCCAUUUGUUAUACAACCACAUAUCACGCCUAGUAGCUGGUACACCAACAUCAGAGAUUGAGAUCACGUUUACUCAAAUGGUCUUCGUUAUGAAUCUAACAACCUUUGCUUGGAACGUGCAUGAUGGCAGGCGAAAGGUCGAGGAUCUUGAUACGAGCCAACGAGCAACGAGGCUGGACCAUGUCCCCACUCCACUGGCAUUUCUUGGAUACUGCUUCUUCUUCCCCUCAAUGCUUAUUGGCCCGUCUUUUGAUUACGCAACCUACGAUGCUUUGAUCCAUCGAACGCUGUACCAGAAUCCACCAUCCACCCACGGUGCCAAGCAGGACGUCAAGUCCACCACUCCCCAACGCAGGCCCUAUGGAAGGAGACGGGUUGCGUACCUCCACCUCCUGAUUGGACUGAUAUUCCUUGGCUUCUACUCGACGUACGGAACACGUGCAGGCUACGAUAGAGUCCUCACUCCUGUAUGGAAGCAGUGGACCUGGCUACAGAGAUUCGGAUUCAUUCAGUUUGCAGGUUUUACAGCAAGAACCAAAUACUAUGCAGUGUGGAGUCUAGCGGAGGGCGCCUGCAUCCUGACUGGAUUGGGCUUCAACGGGUAUGAUCCGAAAACCGGAAGGUCGCUUUGGAACAGAGUCCAGAAUGUCAACAUACUCUCCAUCGAAUCUGCUGAGAGUUUCAAGGUCCUGUUUGACAGCUGGAACUGCAGGACGAAUGUCUGGCUACGUGACUGCGUCUACAAGCGUCUCACUACCAAGGGAAAGAAGCCGGGCACGAUUCAGAGCAUGGCAACUUUCAUGACCUCUGCACUUUGGGUGAGUCCGCACGGCGUAGAGCCUGGAUACCAUUUGGCUUUUGUAACGGCUGGCAUGCUUACAUCUCUGGGCCGCCAAUAUCGUCAUUUCGUUCGACCAUACUUCCUGCCCCCUGCUGGAUCCAGUUCGAGUCUAUCUAAACGUGUGUACGAUCUCAUCGGCUGGUUUAUGGUUCAGAGCAAUCUGAAUUACGUCGUGGCACCCUUUAUGUUGCUCUCGUUCAGGAACUGCAUGACUGCCUGGUCGAGGAUGGGGUGGUAUUCGCACAUCAUCAUUGCACUCUCCAUGGCUUUCUUCCAGCUUGGGGGACGGAGACGCUUGCGGAAAGGCAUGGAAGGUCGACAAGCAAAGACGAAGCCGUCGUUCAAGCUUUCUCCACCAUCACCGAUGGUAGAUGAGAAGCAGGAAACGGAUUUCAAAUGGGUGAGACAUGCCUUGGAGAACCAGGGAGAAAAGGGUGUGCAUGCGGAUGGAGGGUUUGUAGACCGCGUUAUGAGAGGUGCCGAAACACCAGGGACUGAGACGCCGAGAACGGUGGAUGAGGAGCCGUUUGUUCACAAACAAGAGUAG